CAGAGUCCCAAAUGGUUUACCCGUUACUCAGGAAACGCGCGAAAGAUCUCGAAGCCGCGAGCCUGUGUUUACCCGUUAUCCCGUUUGAAAAUCCACCUCCCCUCCCUUAUAAAAUGGCGAAGCUAUUUGUCUGUGCUUCUGCAAUAAGGAAAUCUGCAGAUAACUCAAAGCCUUGAAAGUCGCCUGAGAAGAGAAGUUGAAUCUUAGUUCCCGGUUGGUGGAUCGCCGUUGAGCUGAUAACUGAGUCGUUUGGAUUGUGGCCCGUUUUGGCUGGAAGUUCUUUACAUUUUACAGCAUCGGCUCCCUUGAAAGCCUCGUUUCUAGCGGUUCUAUUGUAUAAUCUAAAUCCCGGGUUCCUUGGGAUCCAACAGCGUUUGUCACAAUGUACCCCGAGCCGAGAUACAUGCCUCCCGCAUAUUGGUAUAGCCCAAGUCCUCGAGCUUUCCCGGCUGACAAUUCAUUCAAACCAUCAGCCGCUUGUGAGACUUGGGCGCCAUCCUUAAACAAUCAUGGCUUCCCAGUUCCAGGAUAUGGCUGCUGCGGCCACCCUUAUAACCUUCAUUACCCCUAUGCUGGUCCAUCUCACCAAUUUCACUGUUUUGGGCAUCGCCCACCAUAUCCUGGUCCCUUCUGUACACCAUACCUUCCUCCACCUUUUUAUUACCAAAUGGAGCAGAACCCAAAUGGUUAUGGCGGAGGCGAUGGUUUGAGCAGGGAGCCCUCUCAUUGUUGUGGAUGUCCAAAUCACAGUCACGGCCAGAAGAAUGCUGAGAUGACGAAAGCGGAAGAGAAGGAGCCUGACCCUGAUCAGAAUCAGGAUGAUUCCCUGGUUCCACUUCAGAUAAAGGACAAACCAUAUCCAAUUGUGUGGGUUCCAACUGGAGAUAGAAAGAGCGCGAAUGAUGGCAAGGCACCUGAAUCAAGGAUUGAGAAGCUGCCAUCUAAGGAGCGUGCAACGACGUCGGAUGGUUGGUUUCCUCUUGAUAUGAAGGAGCUUGCUUCUUUGCUUGGAGGUGCUGAUAAGAAGAGAAGUCCAAGUCAUCAAAAUGGUGACCAGAAGGAGCAGCUUCAAUUUCCAUUGGUUUGGUUGCCUUCCCAUCAAAAGCAGGACAAAGGUGUCAAUGAACUUGGGACCAGCAAUGUCUCUAAGGCUAGCAAGUCUCCUGAGGUCAAAGAAAAUUCUAACAGUAGUCAAGGUUCAGAAGAGAAGGCAAAACGUGAAAAGACCAUCCCUGUGGUGGAAGUAAGACCAUGCGAGGAAGACGAGAAAUUUAAAAGCGAAGUGAGUAGUGAAAAUGUAAACUCUUCUGAAGGAGCCAAAGGCGAUGUUUUGAUGACCAUAAACGGCAAAUCCAAAAGGCAGUCACCCUCCCAGCCAAAGUCAGCAAGGCUACCCCCAGUGUGUCUGAGAGUUGAUCCUUUGCCUAAGAAAAGAAAUGGUGGUUCCAGGUCUCCUAGUCCGCCUGGUUCUAAAGGGAAGCUGCAAGAGACAUCGUCGGACUCUGUGAGGAAAGCUGCUCCUCCGAAAGCAGAGGAUGGCGAGAGAAGCGCCGACAAUGGUAUAUGCAAACAAGUUCCUGAAAAUAAGAAUGGAGGAGGAAGAUGCGCUGGAGCUGAAGAUUGUGCUAUCAGAGAGAAGACGGAAGAACAACCAAGAAAUGAGGGGGACCUGAGAAAUGAGUCAGCAGGUGAGAAGAAGGAAGCAUCUGAGUCGUUCACAGUGAGAUAUGCUGGACCAAAAGCAGAAAAUAAACAAUUGUCAGAUGGAGAGGCUGCUCGGCUUAUCCAGUCUGUUUAUCGUGGAUACGAAGUGCGCAAAUGGGAGCCUAUAAAGAAAUUGAAGCAAAUUGCUGCAGUAAGGGAGCAGGUGACUGAAGUCAGGAACAAGAUCCAUUCUUUAAAACCAUCUUCUGAUCAUCCUAAGGAUGGUAAAUCAAGAGCGAUCAUUGGUGAAAUGAUAAUGAGCCUCCUGUUGAAACUAGAUGGCAUUCAGGGUUUGCACCCUAGCCUGAGGGACAUCAGAAAAUCAUUGGCGAAAGAGCUUGUUACCUUGCAGGAGAAGCUGGACUCUCUUGUAGUGAACAAGCCCGAAGAGACACAGGACAAUAAGUGCCUUAGUUGUAAUGAUGCGCAAUUGCAGCAAGAGAAACUACCAGUUCCCAGAGGACAGCUAGUCAACAAGCCAUCACAACUGGGUCAUGACAUGGGGAGUAACUUGAGUAAUGGUUGUGACAUUACACAGCCUAAUUUACCAAUUGCCGGGGUGGGCGAAGCAUCUCAGGAAAUGGAAUCACCAGCAAUACAUUAUCAGGAAUUCAAGAUUUCUGAUGGAGGUUCACUUCCUGAAAGGGAUGAAGCCACAGACACGGAUGUGAGGGCUGCUCAUACCAAUAUCGAGGGAGGGGGAUCAGAAAGCUGUGACGCUAUUUCUGCAGGAGCAAAUUCCCUCGAGGGUGCAGGUCCUGAUCCAGAGGUGAAGCGACCAUUCAUGGCCAAAGUAGACGCAAAUGAAAUAAUGCAGAUUACUGAUGGUUCUCAUGAUGAUGGACUCGAGGGUUUGGCGAUAGCCGAUGAUGAGGUGAUUGCUCCUCGGGAGGAGGACACAGGAGAAGUGAAGCAUAUAAACUUGAGUGGUGAAGGGAUCGGAGAAAUGGGCUGCCCACUAGAAUCACCUGAGGGAGUGACCGAAGAAGAGAAAAGUGGACCACUGAUUAUGGAGAAUGAUAGUCUUACAGAACAGGAGCAAUCUGAUGUAACUUCCAAAGUAUCUGAGAACAAGGAACACAAUGAGCCCUUGGAAGUCCUGGUACCAAAGAGUGAACCCGAGCAUAAUGUAGCUGCAGAACAAAAGUUGGAUACCGAGGAGAUGAAGCUGGUGACAUGCACAGAGUCCUUAACUAUGGAGAAUACAGUCGACCAAGACGUAGAUGCGGAUACUGAGGUGAAGAAGCGGGUGGUAUGCAAAGAGUCCUCGACCAUGGAGAGUGAAGUCGACCAAGAUGUAGCUGCAGAUACCGAGGAGAGGAAGCUGGUGGCAUGCACAGAGCCCUGGACUAUGGAGAGGGAAGUCGACCAUGACGUAGCUGCAGAGAAAAGCGUUGAUCUCAGUGUCAAGGGUGAAAAUGAAGCCCUUCAUGACGUUCAGUAUGCAGUAUCAAAGGACCUGUCAUCUGAAUCUGAACGUGAAGUUCAUUGUUCAGCAGAUCAAAUGCUCGAAGGAGACUCUCGACACAGCAUCCCUACUUCCGAAAUGCAACAGGAAAUGCUCGUAGCAGCGGAGAAAGAGACGCAGCUGGAAGAUGGAGGAAAUGUUUGCUCGACCGAGACAGACCCCGAUGUGGCCAGUCCUAUCGUGUCUACAGAAGCUGUCGUCUCCCCUGGGAGAUUGGAAGUCCUGCCCAAGGUAGGAUUGGUAGCAAGUGAAGAGCAGAAUGUUGAUGACAGGAAGCUUGUGGAGGUGAACGCAAGGCUGAGAGAGACGAUGGAGAAGCUGCUUGAGGCAGGGAAUGAACAAAUGGAUGCUAUCUCCAAACUGACCGGCAGGGUGAGAGAGCUGGAGAAGAAACUAUCCAACAAGAAGAACAAUUACGCCAGGCCGAGACGACGGAAAGCUGCAACUCCGCGCUGCAGAUCAUCAAUAAAGGGCGCUGCCUCUGCUGCGUAACUGAGGCAUGCUACUGCUUGCUUGGGUUGCGUUGCUGAAAAGCUUGUAUCUUGUGUGUCGUCCUUGUUUGCUAAUGAUGUUAUCACUGUGAAUAAUAAUUGUGAGAAAACCGAAUGAAUAAAAGGGUUUUAUUAUUACA